CAGACUGAUCUAACAUCUUUCUGCUUUUCAGUAUUUCUUUCUAUAUGCUUUCAAAGGAUCUCAGUGCUUCUUUCACCUAAUCCUUUCUUUCACCAGUAUAUCUAGUCAUGCAGGUUUUUACAGGUGCUGACAUUUUCAAUCCCAGGAAAAAAGGCUUUCCAUAACAUGCAAAAUCCUGCUCAUGUGGUGCUUGAUGAUAUUUGACUUCAAACUUUGGGACGAGACAGUAAAAAGACCAGUAUAACUAUAUGGAAGAGGAUCAUUCGACAAUGAAAGAUUAUGAAGAGAUGGUGGUUUUUUUAGAUCAUUGGGGAUGUUUUCAAAAGACUGUCUUUUUCUUGCUCUGUGCUAGCAUUAUCCCCAAUGGAUUUGGUGCUUUCAAUCUUAUUUUUCUGACUGAUGUACCAGAUCACCACUGCUUUGUACCAGACAUCAAUCUCACAGGAGAGUGGAGGAAAAGCAUUAUACCAGUAACAGUGCUGAAUGGGAAACUAAAACUAAGCAAAUGCCGCAGAUACAGACUGGAUGUGGUCCAAAAUCUCUCUGUUCAGGGAUAUAUUCCUGGCAGGGACAUUAACCUCACUGACCUGGAGCAACAGAGUUGUGUGGAUGGCUGGAGGUACAGCAAAGACAUUUACCUAUCCACUAUAGUGACUGAGUUUGACCUGGUGUGCAGCGAGCAGUGGAAGCAGCCAUUUACCUCUACGGUUUUCUUUGUCGGGGUUCUUUUUGGAUCCUUCUUCUCAGGACAACUGUCAGACAGGUAUGGAAGGAAACCUAUUCUAUUUGCAACAAUGGCUGCACAAACACUUUUUACCUUUGCUCAAGUCUUCUCUACCUCAUGGAUUGUGUUUGUCCUUCUCCUCUUUCUCAAUGGACUGGGUCAAAUAUCCAACUUUGUGGCGGCUUUAGUGCUUGGUGCUGAGAUUUUGACUGGAAAUGUACGUGUCCUUUAUUCAUCUAUGGGCACAUGCCUAGGCUUUGCUGUUGGAUACAUGCUGCUACCUGUUGUUGCUUACUUUUUGAGGGACUGGAAAUCUCUCCUCAUGGCUCUUUCAAUCCCUGGUCUGGCCUACAUCCCCCUCUGGUGGCUUCUCCCAGAAUCUCCUCGAUGGCUUCUCUCUCAGGGCAGAGUUGAGGAAGCAGAGGCUAUAAUAAGAAAAGCUGCCCGAUGGAACAAAGUUCAGGCUCCAAGGGUCAUCUUUGAAAAUUACAGUGUUAAAGAGACAAAAGCUUAUAAGGAACCAAACAGCAUGUUGGACCUUUUAAGGCACAGCAGCAUAAGAACCACAACACUCAUCCUCUGCUUGGUGUCUUUCACCAUGACUACUGGCUACUACAGUUUGUCCUUUAACACAGCACAGCUCCAUGAUGAUCCCUACAUCAGCUGUUUCAUCUCAGCUGUAGUGGAGGUACCUGCAUACGUAUCCAGCUGGAUUGCACUGAGAUAUCUCCCAAGACGACUUUCUGUCACUAGUACAUUAAUCCUUGGAUCUGUGCCGCUGUUCAUGAUACAACUGGUGCCACAAAAUCUAUUCGGUCUGUCUCUUGCACUGGAGAUGGUGGGCAAGUAUGCUUUCACCACUGGGGCGUCCCUGAUGUUUGCCUACACCACAGAGCUUUACCCAACAUCCCUCAGGAACACAGCAACAGGAACAACCACUACUGUUUCAAGGACGGGGAGUUGUAUCACUCCUUUUCUGUUAAGUCUUGGUGCAUACUUCAACCACUUGCCUUAUAUUACAAUUGGGACUCUGGCUGUUGCAACUGCCUUUGCUGCUUUAUUGCUUCCAGAGAGUUUUAAGCAACCACUGCCUGAAACCAUUCAACAAAUGCAUGAAAGAGAAAUGAUAAGGUGUCCCUGCAUCAACAGAACUGAAACCUCAGUACCAGUUGUAUUACCAGUAAUCUGUGACAAUCUGCCAUGUUGACCGUAAUUCUUAACGAAAUUCCCUCCAAAUUACCAUGUACAUCCAACCUUCCUUAGUAAUGUACUGUUCUCUAUCUGUUUACUGAAUUUAUGUUCAACAAAAGUUUUUGUUUUUGGGAAUUUGUGAAAUUAAGGCAACUUCUCCUUCCUUAGCUUCCAUAAACCACAACAAUGUUGUACAAAAUGAACUUGCCUGAAAUUGUAAUUCAAUU